AUGAAGGACCAACAACAGAAGAAUCAACUUCCAAUAAAUGUCAACAGUAAGAAGAAAGGAAAGAUGACAGGGAAUAAGGUUCCCUUUGAUGACACAAAGUUCAAGGAACAUGAAAAGGUGAAAAAGACAAGUCAAGCCGCAAUUGCAAGGGUCUUGGGAGUUAGCCAAAGCACAGUUUGGAGAUGGAAAAAACAGAAGUACAUUCGAAAGCACACCAAUACAAUCAAACCAUUGGUUAAUGACAAAAAUAAACUCGACAAGUUAAUUUUUUGUCUUAUAAGUUGCAUUUUAGAUGAGCACACAAACAACUUCACGUUUAAUGACAUGUCAAAUGUAGUGCAUAUAGAUGAAAAGUUAUUUUACAUCACAAGGACUGAUAUAGGUCGGCUAUAUUUUAAACAAGGACCAAACUAUAUGCACAUGUAUGUUUUGAGAUUUCGAAAUUCAGCAAUUAAGGCUGAAAGUUUAGGGAGUAAUGUAAAAUGUGAUCCUACAUCAAGGACACAACAGAUAUAUUAUCUCACACUUGGAGAGGUAGAGCAACAUAGAGAAAUCCAAUCAAAACGAUUUGUGCCUAAGAUCAUGUUUAUGUGUGCUAUUGCUAGACCAAUCUUUUCUAAUGAAGAUGAUGACAUAGUGUUUAGAGAGGCAGCAACACUUGAUGGAUUUAGUUUCCACUUAGUGCAACAACCUCCUAACUCACCAGAUAUGAAUUUGUUAGACUUAAGAUUUUUUAGGUCAAUACAGGCAUUGCAGCAUCAAAAAUUAGCAUGCAAUUAUGCACAGUUGGUUAUGGCAGUGAAUGCAACAUUUGAGAGCCUACAACCAAAUGUAUUGAAGUUUGUAUAG